CAACUUUGGCUUUCUUCUUCUUCUUUCUUCUUUGAAAAUUGGACAGACCAAAACCACACAAACGCCAGACAGAGAGAAAAACAGAGAGAGACAUUCAAAAAGUGAAGAGAAGAGAAAGAGAAGAAAUAUUAUAAACUACUAGUAGUUAUUCUUAUUUAAAAAUCUCAUUAAAUAACAGAAGAAGAGGAUCAGGAAACAACAAAAGACUGGAGAGAAAAACAGGUUCAGAAUAUAUAGCUCUCUAGAUUUUGUGUGUGUGAGAGAGAGAGUGAGUAGUAGUAGUACUCUUUCACUUCUUCACUCAUCAGACGAACAGUAAGAGGGAGGGGGGGAGAGAGAGUCGGUCAUUUUUAUUUGCAGCUAAAUUAAAUUUUCUCUCUUUUACGACUUAAAUUGAUGAUUUCAAAGCACCGUUGUUGUUUCUUUCUUCUUGUGCUGCUGCUGCUCAUUGUAAGGACGAAAGAGGAUUGAUUCAUUGAUCAGUCUCAUUCAAUUUCGUUUUUUCUUUCUCUUAUCUGUGAUUUCUCAAAAACAAACAAAAAUUACAUACUUUUUUUUUCUCUCUUUCUCAUCAGAGAACACAGACAGAAAGGGCCGUAACAGUAUCCAGAGAGUCAAGUAUAAGUAGAAGUUGCAGUACCAGUAGUAGCAGUGUUUUAUUUAGAGACAUUUAAAGCUUUUAACACCAAAAGUUCCGUUUCUUUUUUCUUUUCUUUUCUUUUCUUUUCUCUCAUCAAUCUGUGUCUGAAAGAAAGAAUUUUUAGAUUAGUCCCCACCCAACCCAACCAUACAUACCCACACAUAACAAACUUCAUACUGAAAACACCGACAGAAAGAAAGAUAGGUUUUGUAAUUUCUCUGUUUCUAUUUAAUUUCUUCUUCUGUCUAACAAGUAGUUGUGGCUACUACAAGGUGGUUAGCGUCAGAUUCAGGAGCUUUUGCAGGUUGGGCAAAUUCUUCUUCUUCAAUUGCUCUUGCUGCUGAUGAUCUUUCCCUUGGUUUCAAUGCCGGUCCUUCUGGAGGAGCUGGUGGAAAUCACCAAUCCACACCAUCAGCAGCUGUGACAGGAGGAGGAGUACACAACAAUGGUGGUGGCGGUGGUGGUGGUAAUAGUGGAAGUGGUUGGAGACCUAUUAAUUAUACUCUACCAGGAGCAGUUCAAAAUGAUAUGGGUAUGGUGGGUUUAAGAAGUAGUGAUGUUCUUUUUGUUGCUCCUGCAUCAUCAUUUCAGCAACAUCAACAAAAUCAUCAUCAUCAAGAUCCAUUCUAUGCUCAUGAUCAUCAUCAUCAUCAACAGCAAAACCCCAUGAACAAUUCAGGAAACAACAACAAUUCUCCAACAGCUCUAGGAAUAGGUGUUAUACCCCUUCUUACUACGUCUGUGUCUACACAAUUAUGGCAAAAUCAACAAACCCAUCAUAAUGUGAAUUACCCUGUUGUUAAAAAACCCGUCUUGAUCAAUUAUGAAAACUCUCUAGAUCAAUCCAAUAUUAGUAUAUUUAACAAUAAUAAUCAUAAUAGUAAUAAUAAUAACAACCAUGGAGCUGGUAAUGUUACUAUUGCUGGUUUUGCUGGUGGUGCUGAUGCUGGAAACAAUGCUAAUUUAUCAAUGAUAUCAUCAUCAUCAACAAAAACCUGUCAUGAUUGUGGAAAUCAAGCUAAGAAAGAUUGUAGUCAUAACCGUUGUAGAACAUGUUGCAAGAGCCGUGGGUAUGAUUGUUCUACUCAUAUCAAGAGCACUUGGGUCUCAGCAUCUCGGCGUCGGGAUCGUCAGUUGAUUUCUCCUUUAGGAAAUAAUGAUGAUCAACAGCAAGGUGAUGUUGGCGGUGGUACUUCUUCUGGGUCUACUUCUGGUGUUAAGAAACCGAGACUAGUUCCAUCUCAGAAUCAAACUGCAUCUCAUACUUCUACUUCUAAUAAUAAUACUCCACCUAGAAGCUUUGAUACCAGCUCUAGUCACCAUCACCAAGAUGCAAGCUUUCGAGAAGCAUUGCCAAAGCAAGUCCAUGCACCGGCAGCGUUUAAGUGUGUACGUGUGUCACCAAUUGGGGAUGGGGAAGAAGAGAUAGCGUACCAAGCUAUUGUAAAGAUUGGUGGGCAUGUGUUCAAAGGAUUUCUGUAUAAUAAAGGAAUAGUGAGUGGUAAUGAAGGUCUUCCAAACAUAUCCGAGUUGCAUUUGGGGGGUAGUGGGAAAAAUUGGCCUUCUUCGUCACAAAUUAUAGAUCAUUCUGAUGUAUAUGGUGGAGCUGCGACUGGAUUGCUUGGAUCUGGAGUUAGAGUAUGGGAGAGAGUUUAGGAAAAGGGAGAAUAAAGUGUUAGAUCGCAAGAUGGCAACCGCUCACUGUUACUUUUAUCUCCACUUUUGAGGAAGAAUCAUCCGAUGCAUGAGCAAUGGAUUUCAAGGUCUGCAAGCAAGCUUAUGGUUGAUCCUAGUUCCGAUUGGUGGCGGUUAUGGAUGAUGAUGUGCAAGAAAUGUAUCUACUUUGUUCAAAUUCAGAAGUAUGGUACAGCUUACAGGAAAUGUAAAAUGUUAUUAAUCUGUAUGAUUCAAUAUCUCUGUAAACCAGGUUGGUGAUGAGGUGUAUAUUUAGUGAGCAAUGCUGGAUCAACUGCAAAUUUGUUGGUUUAGAUAAAUUUGACCUGGUCUCAGUUGGCAAUA